AUGGGCUCAGACGUCGUGGUCGUUGGAAGUCGGCAAGAAUGGGACAAGUGGGGCAAUGUCUUCGGUUGGCCCGCGCCAAGCAAGAUGCUGGCGGCGGUGUGGCUGCGGCCCGUGCCAAGCCUACUAGCACUCCUGGAGGAGGUCGUCGACUGCAUGGUGAAGUCCUCUCUUCUGGGUCUGGGUAGUUUGGCGGAGGAAUCCGUGACUUUCCAUAUGGUAUUGAAGCGGGGCGCCAAUGCUGGCGUAAACGUCUCCUUCCACGCAGGUACUGUGGCCAGCUACGAGCAGUUUACAGGAUCGUCACAGGUCAGGGCUAUGCGGGCAGCGGGCCACUGGCACUGUGCGCAUGCAGAGUUUGCAGAUGUUGCGGGGACAUGGGACAUCUUCUAUCACAAUGGCUUUCGAACCAGCUACGAAGUUUCAGAGAAGGGAGAGGUGCGAGCAACACGCGCUGAUGGCCCUGGCAUCAGCGUCCUCCAGGCUGUCGAAGCUGGAAGGUUCAGUCACAAGCUGCUUGGCAUCCACCGCCCCGGAACAUGGGAGCGCUUUCGCCUCGACGGCCCCGGCAGAUUGCAUUUGGAACACUGGCAGCAGGAGACUCUCUUGUCCAUCGCGAAGGGCUUCCGGAAAGAGCAGCCACCCUUGCCAGGUUGUGGAUGCCCGGAAGAUGAAGACUGGUGUGUCAAAACCCUCGGGAUUCUUCAGGCAUGGUGUGGAUCCGAGACUUGGGAGGCCAGCAGUACGGCUUCGGCCCAAAAAAGCUUGGCCUCAAAUCUGAAAGAUGCACGCAUCCGGCAUCUCUUGAGAACCUCGCCAAGAUCUCCGUGGCAGGUACGCAAGGUUUCAAUCGGCAUUGGAGGUGGCUUCGGCUCCAAACUGCAGAUGGCCGUGGCAAGCGCCGUCAAGGCGAUGCACUUUGGCAAACGUUCAGAAUUUUUCGAGCAUAUGGGAAGAUACACCAACAACUCGAAAUGCCUUGCAUUUCUUGGUGAGGUGCAGUUUCGUCAGGGUGGAUGGGCGUGCUUGUUCAAGGAGAUGCCGCGAAGCUCUCGGAGGCUAUCAAGGACAGCUGCGCGGCAAUCCAGAAUCAGGAUGCUGUCUGCAGGCUCAGUGCAGGCGGCACUCUGGCAGCCCAGCAGCUUGAUUUUGGAAUUCUUCGAGCGCUUUCAGCGGGGAUGCAAUUGCAGCAAGGGCCAGGGCCAGGCGCAGUUUCGAAUUGCGAUUUCGGGGCUAGGCCCGGCUGCUACCGGUCGGCAGGUGACGAACCCUUUCAACAGAUAUCAUGCGGUUGAGGACUAUGUCUACGAGGUCCUGCGUGCAGCAGAAGAGCUGCAGCUCUGCAGGGCAGAAUUGUGCCAGCUUUUUGUGGCAUCAGACUCUGCAGACAUCGUGGACGAGGUCAUUAGCGCGAUGCAAGCGAAGCAGGGCGUCAUGCAGGUCAUUGGGCUUCGCCACUCUGAGACCCACCGUCGAAGUGCUGUCGGCGUCGAGGUAGCCAGAUUUCUGCCCGGCGAUGCCACGGCGCUGCAAAUGGCCGCCGAGGAAGCCGCAACUGCUCUGCCUGCCUGCCUUACGACGGGGCCAAUUCAAAGGUGA